CUUCAGCUCGUUCACUACUGGAUAGUGUUUUGUUUUCUUGUCAUUCAUUACUCUCGUUUGUACAUAUCACCCACGAUCGUUCAAAAUGCGUGCCGCAGCCUUCUUCGCUCUUGUUUCCUCUGUUGUCUCCGCCACUCCUCUCGGCCACCGCUUCCACACCUACUCCAAGGCCAGCAACUCUUGCGCCGUUGUCUUUGACGGCCGCGUCCCCGCCAAUGCCUCCCUGACCGACUUUGACACUGAGAAUGGCGGUGGCUGGAACCCCUUCAACCCUGGCUAUGUCAAGGGGAACAACAUCUCCUGGUCCGAGAUUCUCCUGCUUCCCAAGAACACCCCUCGAUCUCGAUUCGACGCCGUAUCUCGCACUGUUCCCCUCAAAGUGACCAUCAGCGAUGAGAGCAUUUUCAUGCAGCAGCAUGGCUUUCGACGUGCCGGCCUGCAAUUCGCCAAGGAUGACAAUGAGAAAAGCCCUGCUUCUGAAGGCGUCAAGACACUUCAUUUCAGCAUUCUGCAGGACGAGAGCCGGCCUCUCAACCUCAGCCAUGAGUACCUGAAUGUCUGGCAUGAGGCAGGUGACUACUCGAGCAACCAAUUCAACUUUGAGGCUGGUACCAUCAUCGGUCAGGACCUGCCCAAGGAUACAUGGAAGCUUCUCGACCGCACCAAUAAGCAGAUCUGGUCCACCCCUAUCCUCAAGGAUGUGUGGCAGAACUUUGCCAUCACUCUCGACUUUGACAACAACACCAUCCAAGCCUGGUACUCAGAGGGCCGCAAGCCCCUCCGAGCCGUCACGGAGCCCAUCUCCAACGAUAACUCUGGACGGGGACAGUACCAGAUUGGUAUCCUGAAGAAGCCUACUGGAACGGAUGAUGUUGUCAACUCUGGCUUCCAGGAGAGUGAUCUCGACGAGGGACUGAUCUAUGGUGGUAUCUUUAUUGAGGACAGCAAGGACGGCUGCGUGUCCGCGUAAUCUGGGCUGGCAUUCAGCUCUCUUGCUCAGCUGCCGGGUUUAGAAACGAGGCUCCCAUAGCCACCACAAUGAUGAGACAACAAGGGUCUCGUACGAAGCCUCGACUGCAGAUCAUAGCGGUUCGUCAUAGACAUGGAGUGUAUCGGCAGAUACUGAAUGACCCACCCCCGCAUGAUUAUCCCGUGGAUGAUAAAGA